GAAGAAAGAAAACAAUGGUCGUUUCAGUCUUCAUCGAUAAUGAGUUGCAGAGAAGAGAGAAGCUUCACGACCAAAACAAUGGCGGAGCCGCCAUACCCCAUGCUUCUUCCUCUUCUUCUCCUUCUCCUCCAUUUCCCAUAUUUAACUUCGGCCGUACCUCUCGGCUCUGUUCUCUACGCCUCCGGUUCAGACCAGUCCUGGUCGUCUCCCAAUUCCACUUUCGCCGUCUCCUUUCUUCCAUCGUCUUCUCCAAACACCUUCCUCGCGGCCGUUUACUUCGCCGGAACCGUUCCCAUUUGGUCCGCAGGAAGCGUUGACUCUCAAGGAUCCCUUCGCCUCUCCUCCUCCGGCUCCCUCCAACUCAUCAACGGCUCCAACACCACCGUCUGGGACUCCGGUACCGACGCUCUCGGCGUCGUUUCGGCUGCGAUUGAAGAUUCCGGUAGCCUUGUCCUCGUCAACAACCGAAACAAAACAGUCUGGUCUUCCUUCGAUCACCCGACGGACACGAUCGUGCAAUCUCAGAACUUCAGCGCCGGUAAGAUUCUCCGAUCUGGUAGCUACUCGUUUCAGCUAGAGAGAAGAGGGAACCUCACGCUUACGUGGAACAACAGCACGGUUUACUGGAGCCAAGGGCUUAAUUCGUCAUUUAGCUCCAACUUGUCUUCCCCUAGCUUAGCUUUACAGACCAACGGUGUUGUGUUGAUGUUCGAUUCAACUCUCACUGGUGGAGCUGAAACCAUUUACAGUGACGAUUACGGCGAAGGUAGCAAUACGUUUCGGUUCUUGAAGCUAGAUGAUGAUGGGAAUCUCAGAAUCUACAGCUCCGCGUCUAGAAACAGCGGUCCUGUCUCGCCUCAUUGGUCUGCUGUAGCUGAUCAGUGUCUUGUUUAUGGGUAUUGUGGUAACUUUGGGAUUUGUAGUUACAAUGAUACUAAACCCAUUUGCUUGUGCCCUUCUCGUAACUUUGAUCCUGUUGAUGUGAAUGAUAGAAGAAAAGGUUGUAAGAGAAAAGUAGAACUAAGUAAUUGCUCUAGCAAUGCAGCCAUGCUUGAUUUGGAUCACACUAGGUUGAUUACAGACCCUAAUGACCCAAACUCUCAGAGCUUCUUUGCUGGAAGUUCGCCUUGUAGAGGGAAUUGCCUUGUUAGUGGUGUUUGUCUUGCUUCUGUCUCCAUGUCUGAUGGGUCUGGAAACUGUUGGCAGAAGCAACCCGGUUCCUUCAUUACCGGGUACCAGAGCUCAUCGGUUCCGAGUACUUCUUAUGUUAAAGUCUGUGGUCCGGUGUUGCUUAACGAACCUUUGGUUGGAUCAAAAGGUGAUGGUAAUAACUCGAAAGUGCACUUGUGGAUUGUUGCAGUUGCUGUACUAGCUGGGCUUCUUGGUUUGGCUGCGGUAGAGGUAGGUCUAUGGUGGUGCUGCUGCAGAAACAAUCCUCGGUUUGGUACUUUGUCGUCUCACUACACGUUGCUUGAGUACGCUUCUGGUGCACCCGUGCAGUUUACAUACAGGGAGCUUCAACGUUGCACAAAAAGUUUCAAAGAGAAGCUUGGAGCUGGAGGGUUUGGUAGUGUGUAUAGAGGCGUGCUCUCGAAUAAAACUGUGGUUGCAGUGAAGCAACUAGAAGGUAUAGAGCAAGGAGAGAAGCAGUUUAGGAUGGAGGUUGCAACCAUUAGCAGCACACACCAUCUGAAUCUAGUCAGACUGAUCGGGUUCUGCUCUGAGGGACGACACAGGCUUCUCGUCUAUGAGUUCAUGAGAAACGGAUCUCUGGAUAGCUUCUUGUUUAGUACUGAUUCAGGGAAGUUGUUGACUUGGGAGUAUCGGUUCAACAUUGCGCUUGGGACGGCCAAGGGAAUAACUUACCUCCACGAGGAGUGCCGCGACUGCAUUGUUCACUGCGACAUUAAGCCAGAAAACAUUCUCGUGGAUGACAAUUACACUGCCAAAGUCUCUGACUUCGGACUAGCCAAACUCUUGAACCCAAAAGACAACAGACACAAGAACCUGAGCAGCGUUAGAGGAACUAGAGGCUAUCUAGCACCUGAAUGGCUCGCAAAUCUUCCUAUAACCUCGAAAUCGGAUGUCUAUAGCUACGGUAUGGUCCUGCUAGAAAUAGUCAGCGGACAAAGGAACUUUGAUGUCUCGGAGAGAACAAACCACAGGAAAUUCUCGAUUUGGGCUUACGAGGAGUUUGAUAAGGGUAACACCGAGGCCAUCCUAGACAUGCGUUUAAGCGAAGAUCAGACGGUUGAUAUGGAACAAGUGAGGAGAAUGGUUCAGACAAGCUUCUGGUGCAUACAAGAGCAGCCACUGCAGAGGCCGACAAUGGGGAAAGUGGUUCAGAUGCUAGAAGGAAUCACGGCCAUAAACAAGCCGCCACGUCCAAAGACCUUAAGCGCAGUGUCGAUUUCAGGGAAUAGUGGGAGCACAAGCCACGCAUCUAUCUUGGUUGCUUCGGGUCCGACGCGAUCAUCUUCUUCGUCCGCUGCUACACGGUCGUUUCAGACAAUGGGGAUCACAUCGUCUGGACCGGCUUCCACAAUAAUCAGUGAAGGUUCGUUGCUUUGAUCUUAAACUGGCUGUACUGUGAGAUUAGUACUAAUAAGUGUAGGUUUUGUCUUGCUUUACUUAUUGGAUGCGUUGUAGUUGUAUAGGAACACAGCAAAGCUAUAUUAUAUCUAUUGUUAUGAAAUAAAUAAUAUGCAUAUUCAAGGUUGUGUGGUUC